AUGGCGCCAAAGAAUCGGAAGGGGAACACGGCUACGUGGAAGGGUGAAAGCCAGGAAGCGGGAUGUGACAUCAGGGGUAUCAAUGAGGCGUGGGAUUGCGACGCAGAGCUUCGAGGGCGUCUGCGCAAAGGCGGACCUCUGAUGCACGAGCAGUCAGGGCUGGUUUGCGACAACCAUGUCUGCACACUGAAUAAGUCGCUGUUGCUGCCAUUGCUUUGCAAAAUGGGUACCUGUGACAGAAAGCUGCCUUCGGUUGCAGACCUCCGAAGUGAAAUGCACAUCUUGUUCACUGAGAGCAAGCGUACGGGGCCGGAUGUGCAACAGAGCAUCACUGGUGACUCCGUGCAUGUUCGCAAACUUCUUUCCCACGUCAAAGCUAAAUGCCGACGCGAAGAAGUGGAUGUGCCGGUGCUUUCUAGAAGGGACCAGUUUUGCUUGAAGAAGAACACGAAGGGCAAGAAGAAGCGGGGCCCCAAGGCCAACAGAGGCAAGGGUAAGGGUGCUACGGCAACACUCAAGAAGGCCAAGUCGAUGUCACCAUCCAAGCGCAAGCGCGUCAUGAUGAAAGUGUGGCCCGUGGCCACUUUGAAGGUGAGGCCUUCGGCUACCGUGGAUUCCUUGGACCAUGGGCCAGGCGGCGAGUCAGAGGAGGAGCCUGCAAAGGGCAAGCGUGGCAAGACCGCUGCCGCAGCCAAGCCUUCAAAGGCCUUGCCUUCGCCCAAGGCGAAGGCGAAGGCAAAGGGGAAGGCGAAGGCAAAGAGCAUGCCGGCAAAGACAGCUGCCAAGCCCAAAGCCAAGUCGACUGCGAAAAAGGCUUCGCCAAAGAAGUCUGAGUCUCCUGAAGCCUCAAAGUCUGGUGACAAGCGCAAGGCCUACCCGAACCUCACACCGUCUGAGAUUUUGCGGUGGUACUUUGAGGCAGGGAACGAGAAGGAGGUGGUGGCUGUCGUCGCAGACUUUGCCACCGGCUGGCAGGACGGCGAGUGCAAUGCGAAGUUCAAGGCGGACUUGAAGGCAUCGCUGCCUGAGCUUUGGCAGGUCGGUCUGACAAUGUACUGGACAAGGGCAGGCGCAGGCACGCUGCACAAGGCUAGCGGCAAGGAGCUCGGGAACUUUGCCUCUGGGGGAGCACGGCGCGAGCUUAGUUGGGCAACCAAAAUGUCUGCAGCGGCAAAGGUCGCUAGUAUGUUUGGCUUCAUGGUGGAUUCCUUGGUCUACGAAGGCUACAUGAGUGAGGACGACUUGCCAGGCUCUGAUCUGAUUGAAGAAAUGAAAAAUAUCUUUAAGAACAUUUUGUGUGAUGCGCUGUCUGAGAUGGCCGUGUAG